GACUACUGAGGUUAGGACUGGGCAACAAAACUCUCAUUGGAGGCAAAGCUCGUUCUUCCCGAAGGCAGGCUCUGAGCGGUAAUCGGGUGUUCAUAAUCCACGCAUUGCGCUUUGUCAAUUAUCCUUUCAAUCGAAGAUUAAUCUGUUCUUUAAGGAAAGGGCGUGACUAAAGAUUUUCCGUCUGCCAUUUUUGCGUGUGAAGCCAUGCAAAUGUGCAGCGUCCCAAUUCGAACCCCGUCUUGGUUUUCCACUCGAAAGCUCUUAGAGCAGAAGCUUUCAGAUCUCCACAAGUGCACAAACCUCAACCAAGUAAAGCAACUCCACGCUCAAAUCCUCAAAUCCAAUCUUCACGUCGACCUCUUCGUUGUUCCCAAACUCAUAUCUGCCUUCUCCCUCUGUCGCCAAAUGCUUCUUGCCACUAAUGCUUUCAAUCAAGUGCAAUAUCCAAACGUCCACUUAUACAACACUAUGAUUCGUGCCCACUCCCAUAACUCCCAACCCUCUCAAGCCUUUGCCACUUUCUUUGCUAUGCAACGUGAUGGACACUACGCCGAUAAUUUCACUUUCCCGUUUCUUUUGAAAGUCUGUACAGGGAAUGUGUGGUUGCCUGUUAUUGAAAGUGUACAUGCCCAAAUCGAGAAAUUUGGGUUCAUGUCGGAUGUAUUCGUGCCAAAUUCUCUAAUUGAUUCAUAUUCCAAAUGUGGGUCUUGUGGAAUUUCGGCAGCAAAGAAGUUGUUUGUGUCAAUGGGGGCUCGUAGGGAUGUUGUGUCAUGGAAUUCAAUGAUCUCUGGAUUAGCGAAAGGUGGGUUGUAUGAAGAAGCUCGAAAGGUGUUUGAUGAAAUGCCCGAAAAGGAUGGUAUUAGUUGGAACACAAUGUUGGAUGGGUACGUUAAAGUUGGCAAAAUGGAUGAUGCCUUUAAAUUGUUUGAUGAAAUGCCUGAGAGGAAUGUUGUCUCUUGGUCAACAAUGGUGUUAGGGUAUUGCAAGGCAGGGGAUAUGGAGAUGGCACGGAUGUUGUUCGAUAAAAUGCCAGUGAAGAAUUUGGUUUCUUGGACUAUAAUUGUAUCUGGGUUUGCUGAGAAAGGGCUAGCUAGAGAGGCCAUUAGCUUGUUUGAUCAAAUGGAAAAGGCUUGCUUGAAGUUGGACAAUGGGACGGUAAUGAGUAUUUUGGCUGCUUGUGCUGAGUCUGGUUUGCUUGGGCUUGGUGAGAAAAUACAUGCUUCUAUUAAGAACAAUAAUUUCAAAUGUACUACUGAAAUCUCCAAUGCUUUGGUUGAUAUGUAUGCAAAAUGUGGUAGGUUGAAUAUUGCAUAUGAUGUUUUUAAUGACAUAAAAAAUAAAGAUGUUGUGUCUUGGAAUGCUAUGCUUCAAGGGCUUGCAAUGCAUGGACAUGGCGUGAAAGCACUUGAGCUUUUCAAAAGAAUGAAAGAAGAGGGUUUCUCACCCAAUAAAGUUACAAUGAUCGGAGUCUUGUGUGCUUGUACGCAUGCAGGAUUGAUCGACGAUGGCAUUCGCUACUUCUCUACGAUGGAAAGGGACUACACCCUUGUUCCUGAAGUUGAGCAUUAUGGCUGCAUGGUAGACCUUUUGGGUCGCAAGGGAAGGCUUGAGGAAGCCAUAAGGCUCAUUCGCAACAUGCCAAUGGCACCAAAUGCGAUCAUUUGGGGAACCCUUUUGGGGGCAUGUCGCAUGCAUAAUGCUGUUGAACUUGCGAGGGAGGUUCUUGAUCAUUUGGUUGAGCUGGAACCGACUGAUUCGGGUAAUUUUUCCAUGUUGUCUAACAUUUAUGCUGCGGCAGGGGACUGGAAUUGCGUUGCCAACACGAGGUUGAGAAUGCGGAGUAUUGGAACUAAAAAACCGUCGGGUGCUAGUUCCAUCGAGGUCAACAAUGAGGUUCAUGAAUUUACAGUUUUUGAUCGAUCACAUCCAAAAUCUGAUAAUAUAUAUCAGGUGAUUAAUGGAUUGCGUCAUGAACUUAAACAAGUUGAGUGCUUUUCAAACAUGUGUUAAUAGAGUUUGGGGUAGCUAUAGAAUUGUAGAAGAUCUCUACUUAGAGAUGUGACGUGAUCUUGAAAUGUGACAAGUAAGUAAAGACUAAUUUGUAAGAGGUUCUAAUGGAGGGGCAUGGUCAAGCUGACAUACAUGACUGCACAAUUAAACUGAGAGUAAAUCCUCAAAAACAGAGAGACAAGGUGUGCAUUGGCUGCGGUGCUGGAUUUGGAGGCGAUAGGCCAACUGCGGCUCUUAAAUUGCUUCAGAGGGUCAAAAAUCUAAACUAUCUUGUACUUGAAUGCCUAGCAGAACGCACUCUGGCAGAUCACUAUCAAGUUAUGUUGUCUGGUGGUGAUGGUUACGAUCCAAGGAGUAUGCCCUUGUUUAAUAAUCAUAUUUAGCCUACAAUUUUUCUAUCAAUUAUAUUUUUAUCAUUUCUUUCUCACAUUCAUACUUGAAAGUUCUUAAAAUUGUUGAGAUGGUAGCUCUUUGUUAUGAAGCUGGCAAAAGGUUCCUUAGAUUUGUUAGAAGUAUAUUAGUAUUUCUAAAAACAUUGAGCUCAUUUUCAUGCAUUGACAUUUGGAUACUGUGAUUUUGGUCAAAAUUCGUUCUAUCUUUUGUGCAACAAGAUUGUUAGUUUAUGCCGUACUCA